GUAGUGCUCCAGUGAUCAUGAUUGGGAACCUCCCUACGAUUCUGUGGAUGGGAUUCACAGUGCUUAUCGUCUGUCAGGCUCCAGUGUCGAGCACCUCCGAAGUUUCCGAGACAACUCUGUCGGACGUGUCAAAUGUCGCCAACUCUCUCUGUAAGCUGACCAAAACCUGCACCACACUUGGAAACAAGCUGAGGGACUAUGAAAGUGACUUCCGCGCCAAACAGCGAAUCUGCCAGCUUGCCGAUCAGGCCUCAUUGCUGCCAGACGAAACCAAGUGCGAAGAGCCAAACCUUGACCUGAUGGACCACGUUACAUCCGCUACCGAUGGCGACGAUCUGGCGGAAAUCUUGUGUGACCUGAGCACCAGCUGUGUUAUGCUAGCUCUGACCCCUCACGCCCAAGACCCGGACCAUGAGCCGAUGAAGACCAUCUGCAAACUGGCUGAUGGGAAGAUGAAGACCAAAGACGACAUCACCUGCAAACCCAUCGAGCCGGAGGACAGCCUUAGCGAAGAAGACUCCGGAAGUCAGAGCGGGGAAGAACUGAUGGAGAAUCAAGACGAUCAGCCCCAAGUCCUGACUCUAAGUAGGACGUAUUAUCAUUUUGAUGAUUGCUCAGAGAUUUACGCAGCCCAGACCUUGUUUGGCACCCCUAGAAGCGGCGUGUACACUAUCCGCCCUGUCAGUUCUGGUGCCUUUUCUGUGUACUGUGACAUGGCUACAGAUGGGGGUGGGUGGACUGUUAUACAGAGCAGAUAUGACGGGACCAUACACUUUAACAGGAAGUUUAACGACUACAAGUACGGGUUUGGGUCCGCUAGCGGAGAGCAUUGGUUGGGGCUACAAAAUAUGUACAGGAUAACUGCCCAGAAUACUUACGAACUGUAUGUCAAGCUUGAGGACUGGUCGGACAAUGUCAGGUACGCUAAGUACUCCUCCUUCCGAGUUGGAGGGGGUGACUACUACCAGCUGAGCAUAGGUAGUUACGGUGGAAAUGCAGGAGACAGCCUUGCGUACCACAAUGGCGCGAAGUUUAGUGCGAGAGACCGUGAUCAGGAUACCAAGUCGAGUGCUAGUUGUGCCACUGACUAUAGCUUGACCGGGGCUUGGUGGUGGAAGAGCUGUGGCUACAGCCCCCUGAAUGGCCCCUACCUCCGACCUUCCGAUCGUACCUCUCACAGUGGCUAUGGGAUCUGGUGGAGCACCUUUUCCCCCUCCACCUACAGGACUUACCUCAAAAAGUCCAAAAUGAUGAUCCGCCCUACUGACUUCCGCACCGGAAAAUAA